UCAAUGUUUACAGAUACAUUUGGAUCAAAUAUUCCUUUCGUUAUGUUUUUAGGCUCUGUGCUAGUGUUGACAUUAUUCUAUAACGUUUCAUGAUCAGUUUGAAUGAUGAGAUUAAUUUAAAGUCUGAUAUACCGAUUCAAAAUAUUUCGUUGGUUUAUGAAUUUCUUUUCGUUGCGAUUUAAGUAACUCAAAGCAUUUCUACCUCGCUUUAUGAUUCAAUUACACACUUCAUUUUCCAUUUUGUUUGUGCGGUGGCAAAACGCCGCUCAUAUCCGUCGAAUAAGCGCGCUGCUCUCUAAUCAACGGAUCCGUGGUCGUAAACAUGUUAGAAUCUUGUCCUCUUCUCGAUGUUACCGGUGGCUAUAGAAGAAACCUAGUGCUCAAUAGUUCUCAUCCAUAAUCCUCACUCUGUUUCAUUAUCGUGUUGUUAUCAAGGAAUGAUAACAGAGAAACACCUCUAUGGUGCGGGCUUUACGCUGCUGCUUCUUGUAAAGGAAGCGCAGUGUCUCAAUGAGAGUUACCCAGUGCGUUAUCCGUGGCGCUAAUCGCCACACCGGCGACGUUGAACCUUCUGGUAGUCGCUUGUCGUUGUCCAGCAAUGUACUAAUUGUUCACUUCACUAAAGCACUCUAACAUAUUAGAAAUAACAAUAAUUGCAUUUUAGUUGCGAUCAUCUUCCGCCUGUGAUCUUUAUGCCUUGGUUCACUAGAAGCACUGCGGCUGCUAACGAAGAUAUGAGAUAUCCAUAUUAGCUAUUAUCAAGCAGGAACAUCUGCUAAAACAGACUGUUAUCUACUAGGCCAUUUCCCUCUAGUCAACGAGUAAGACAGUGCGAAGUAACCUGUUCACGUAAAAAUUGUUCCUGUGCCUGUGUGUUCCGUCACGGAAUGAAUGCGUGAACGUAGUGGUUGGAUUAUCAUCUAUAGUGACUCUCUCACCGUUCGUCGAAAUUCCGCCUGCGCCUUCGCGCCAUCGCUACAAGACCUCGAGAUGCCACCGUGGUCUCCUGUGACGUUUUUCAACCUGAUUUCACCGGAUCUUUUUCCUUAUCUCGCCGGCGCCACCUUUUUCGCAACGUGUUUCACUUCACUGCCGAUUGCCUUCGCAUACGGCCAUGUUUCUGAUAUCGUUAUCAUUACUACUGGCCGAAAGUACUCUAGUUUGACUGCAAAAUGUCAUCAUGUAACUGAAGGGGUUUCCGUACAUCAGCGACAUCGGGACAUUUCCUCCAGAAGCAAACAUUUUUGGUCUUAUGCUCAGCAUCUGUGCCAUCCUCACUGGCAUUACAAUAUGGAACGUCUAUGCAACGCGGCAUUUGGCGUCCAAGUCGUGGCAAACUUUCAGGAGACAGUGAUAUUCAAAGUGCAUAUCACAGGUGCGAUGAUGGCGUUUGGAUUGGCAACCGUUUACCUGUGGCUUACGCUGUUUACCAGUUUACACUUACGAAAAUUCCGCGCAGGCUGUUCCGUGAUUGCCACUAUAAGUCUUUUCCUCACCUCAACCUCAGGCAUAAUCUCUUUCUAUUACUUUAAAGGGACGAAAAUGACUCAUUGGAGACCUGAAGAUGGUGGCUACUCAUGGCACGUUGUGUCUGUCUUCAGCGAAUGGAUAUUGGCCCUAACCGUGAACGCCUUCAUCGUUACCCUUGCGAAAGACAUUGGCAAAGAUGAUGAGCAGAUUUCACUACUUAACGGCCGAAAUGACCGAGAGACAGGUCAAACGGACAUUCAGCCAGAUGUCCUAAGAGAACGUAGCGUACGGUGACAGCAAAAAGGCAGCUUCGAACAUCACCAAGUGAAGCUUUAAGAAACAGCGUCCAUCAGCAGAGAAGCAAUAUUAACGGUUCUUCAGGAGAUGCCAAUAAUACAAGGGCACCACAGCAAAAAAUAAGAUGCUUCUCGUAGCACAAGAAUAGAGCCAGCCACAAUAGGACUACUAAAGCUAAUAAGCAAUCGAGAGAAGAAUGACUCUGGGAUUAAACAGUCAAAGUAGUGUACCUCAGCGUACGUAUAGUUAAAGAACUUUUAUCGUUUUCGAGCAGUUCAUUAACUUGCUAAAUCAAUAUCUUCCUCUUAAAAUGCGCUGGACAAACAUGUUAAGCUGCACAUUACACACGCGAACAUACACAUUACUUGACACAGAUACAAUUACGUGAUCUACUCAUAAUACACAUAAUGAGGUACUAAUUACAUUAAAGCUUCAAGCAAAGAUCAGGUUCUUUUUUUAAAAAGUGACGGAGCUAGAAGUUAAAUAAUGCCUUAGCUGAAACAUUUUUUAUUUUAGUAUUAAGGAUAGUAUUAUUCGUAUAAAUGAUGAAAAUAGGAAGAAUUGUUGGAAUAGUAAUCGUAACAUAACAUAAUUUAUCUGAGAAAUCAGCUAUAAGAACACAGUGGUGAAUGGAGAUUAUGCCCAGGUACGAUGCAAGGAACUACACAUGUGACUGAGAAAUGGUAGCUAGAAAUCAAGUGAUUUCCAAGCCAUAGCCAUGAGAGAAUAGCUACAAAUACUAUAGUUUUGCACGCAUCUUUUAACACGAGAUCCAACUUUUUUGUUACCUUCUAUGCGUCAGCUAAAAAUUUCACAUUCAUAUAUGCGUGGCGGAAGAGCGGUAGGAGACAAAAUGCUGAUUUACAAAACAGUUAUCCCUUGCAUUGACGUGUAACUAAUUAGUUUUACGAAUAAAUUUUGAAUCUUACAUAUGUCUAAUUAAAAUGAUUGAUCUAAAGAUGCAAAAACACGUACGAGUAAAAGAUUGCGUAUCCGCCCGUAAUGAACACUGUAUGAAGUUUCUGUACAUCCUGAAAAUGCGAUCGUAACGAACAAAGCCUACAAAUUGUCGAAUCAACUGUGGACAUCGGAAACGCGAGCGAAUUCGAUGGUAAACAUCGACACUUAGAUUACGCAUGGGCACUUGUUAUGACGCUACUGAUCUCGUCUUAUUGUUGCACUCAACUAUGUGAAAUGUACAAUUUCGAGGUCUAAAUAAUAAUAAUGCGAAAAUCUUGUGAUAACGAUGUACUGCCAGUCAUUCAUAUAGUUUCGCAUAGUGCACCGUCCGUAUUCGACAACUAUAUCACAACGAAAAUAUAGUAGUACGCAUAAAAACAAAAGGAGGAACAUUUAGCGGGAACUGAGCAAAACUAUGACCUGGUCAUUGUGUGGCCUUGGUACAGAAACAGUAUGUUAGAGGGAAAAAGGCAUUUCGUAUGAAAGGGACAGGUAAAGUUUACAAUGACUUCUUUGCACCAUUUCAUCCAGUCCGUCGCCACUGAUCAUAUAUGUACAUGGAACAAACGGAACACAGAGGUGAUGUCCUCGGCAAUAUCGUGACGUUUGUCACGGUGAGCUGUCGUUCCGUUUGUAGCAAAUUUCGAAUUUAUAACAUCCAUUGCCUUAGCUAUAUAGCACGGAUACUAAUCAACCUUAUCGCUAGAUAGUGUCUAUAUCUAUAUAUAUAUAAUAGUCGAUGAACAAUUUUCCACUACGAAAAUGUGCUAACGAAACAUACUAUUAAAAAGCUGGACAUGCCUUUAUACAGAACGACAUGAAGAUCGAAUGGAGGCAAAUUGUGAUACAACUACAUAACGCCAAUGCUAUUGAUCAGAGGCAAAUUAGGAGUAGUUGUUUUAAAAGAGCUAACCAUGAACCGAAGUGAUUCCGGUGUACUAUCUUUAAACCGUUCUGAUGUUUACGACAACAACCACAACGAUAACCAUUACAUGGAGCAGGACGCUAGUCAUACUAGCUUCAGGCUUAAAUCAUAACAGAACUGGAUUAAAGUGCAGAGUUGAGAACUUUUUGUAAUACUACCUUCGGACUUUGUAGCAAGUAUAACUGGGAAUGUUUAGGCCAUGCGAGAUACGACUAUCUUCCAUUAAUGACGGAAAACAAGAUAGAGGAGAAGUAGGAAAGCACCUGUAUUUCUGUUUAAAACAUCCUUAUUGUAAAUGCAAUAUAACAAUCGAAGGUUUAUGUUUUGUAAUUGCGAAGUGAACGGAAAUAAAGGCUUUGUGAACUUUU